ACGUCCUCCUUUCUAUUUUUGAUAGUAAAUCUAAGUAGAAGUAUUUAGUAAAUUGAAAUAUUAUUGAAUGCCGAAUAUCACUUCUAAAACUACAAUGUGUUAAUCAUUUGCCCCUCGUAUACUCGAUGGUCUAUCAAGAAGGUCAGCUGGGACAUAAAUUUGUAUUUGUCAGACACAAACUUUCAUUUCUUCCUGACCACGUUGCUAUCUUAUAUUUCAGAACAUUAAGUAUAACGUUCUUACUUAAUCAUUGAAUUAAAGAAUUCUGUAGAUAAAACUGAAAAAAAAUGAAUUAUUUUACUAAAGCAUUUAUAGUAAUUCUAGCAUUGUUAUCUGUGAUAAAAUUUAAUACUGGAGCACCAGUAGAAAAUACUUCCCUUACAAGUGGAUCUGACGCAAAAUCUGCAUUUGGACAGGCCUUUGAUGAGAUAGUAGUAGAAUCUACGCUUAACGUCAAAAGAAAAGGCAGUGGAAGACAAUCCAGAAAUAACCAACCUUCGAUCACAAGAACUAAACGACAACACGGAUUUCCUUACCCAUCAUUAAAUUUUCCUAAUUAUGGAGAUUCUGUAGCGGCAGCCAGCGCACAAGCACAAUCCCAUCAGGCCCAAAGUCCCUUUGGAAAUUUUGGUGCUUCCGCGUCGGGAUCUCAAUCCCAGUCGUUGGCUUUUGGGCCUAAGGGCCCAUUUGGUUCAGCUUCUUUCGCAGGAUCUCAACAAUACAUGUUACCAAAUGGAGAAACCAUAAAUAUAGCAUUCGGUAAUUCUAUAGGAAAUUCUGAAUCUAAUAAAGCCGGAGGUGCGACUAUUUCUAUAAGCAGUCCCAAAAGAUGACGAUAAUAUGAUACCUAUAGUUAUUUUAAUACUAUGUAUAUACAAUUUCUUGCUUACAUUUUAAAUGUUUAAAUAAAGGUUACAAAAAAAUAAA